CUUGUAAGUGCAAAGAAGGUCCACCCCCGCCGACAGGCUGCAGAUGGUUUCGUCCCGCAAAGCGUAAAGUUCCCUUCCGCAUGGAGGGCAUUGUGAGCCUGCCACGAAGAGGAGAGGAGAAGAGAAGUGUUAACAUGGCAGACAUGGAUGGUGAGACUGCCACACACACCCAGACCAUGGCAGAAGAAGAGGAGCCUCUCUUCAGCAACCUGGACCUCUUCCUCUUCACACUUAUAAUAGGCCUGGUCGUUUAUUGGUUCAUGUCCCGCAAGAAGACAGAGCCCAUCCCUGAAUUCAAGAAGCUUGACGUACCAGCACCCACUACAAGGGAGACGAGUUUCAUUGAGAAGAUGAAGAAAACGGGCAAGAACAUCAUUGUGUUCUACGGCUCCCAGACGGGCACAGCAGAGGAAUUUGCCAACAGGCUGUCCAAAGACGCUCAGCGCUAUGGCAUGAAAGGAAUGGCUACCGAUCCAGAGGAGUAUGACAUGGGGGAACUGUCCCGUCUGUCCGAGAUCAAGAACUCCCUCGCCAUAUUCUGUAUGGCCACCUAUGGUGAAGGUGACCCAACUGACAACGCCCAGGACUUCUACGACUGGCUGCAGGAAAACGAUGAUGAGGACCUCUCCGGACUAAACUACACUGUAUUCGCUUUGGGCAACAAAACAUAUGAACACUACAAUGCAAUGGGGAAAUACAUUGACAAAAGGCUGGAAGAACUGGGAGCCAAGCGCCUCUUUGACCUUGGCCAGGGAGAUGAUGAUGGCAAUCUAGAGGAGGACUUCAUCUCAUGGAGGGAGCAGUUCUGGCCGGCCAUCUGUCAGCACUUUGGAGUGGAAGCCUCAGGAGAUGAUUCAAGCAUACGGCAGUACGAGCUAAAGGAGCACCCCGACCUCAAAAUGAACAAAGUGUACUCAGGAGAGAUUGGCCGCCUUCAGAGUUUUGAAGUCCAAAAGCCGCCCUAUGAUUCGAAAAACCCUUUCCUGGCCCCAGUUACUGUCAACCGCAAACUCAAUGAAGCUGGUGAUAGACAUCUCAUGCACCAUGAACUGGACAUAACCGGCUCUAAGAUCAGAUACGAGUCGGGAGACCACGUGGCCAUUUUCCCCGUUAAUGACUCAGCAUUGGUGAACAAGCUGGGACAAGUCCUUGGAGUGGACCUUGAUGUGGUUUUCUCUCUCAACAACCUUGAUGAUGAAUCCAACAAGAAACACCCGUUCCCCUGCCCCACCACCUACCGCACGGCACUUACUCAUUACCUGGACAUCACAAACUCGCCUCGCACCAACGUCCUCUACGAGCUGGCACAGUACGCCUCUGACCCCAAAGACCAGGAGAACAUGCGAAAGAUGGCUUCCUCCUCCCCUGAGGGCAAGGCGCUCUACCAGAACUGGGUGUUGGAUUCCUGUAGAAACAUCCUUGCUGUCCUGGAGGACAUGCCGUCUUUGAAGCCUCCCAUCGACCACCUGUGUGAGCUACUGCCUCGUCUCCAGGCUCGCUAUUACUCCAUUGCUUCCUCUUCUAAGGUUCACCCAAACAGCAUCCACAUCUGCUCCGUGGUGGUGGAGUACAAGACCAAGACUGGCCGCACCAACAAAGGAGUUGCCACCAACUGGCUGAAGAAUAAACAGGUCACGGACAACGGCCACAAGUCCACCAUCCCCAUGUACAUCCGCAAGUCUCAGUUCCGCCUGCCCUUCAAAGCCACAAACCCAGUGAUCAUGGUCGGACCCGGGACAGGAAUCGCUCCCUUCAUGGGCUUCAUUCAGGAGAGGGCCUGGCUCAAACAGCAAGGAAAGGAGGUUGGAGAGACGGUGAUGUUUUUUGGCUGCAGGCAUAAGAAUGAGGAUUACAUGUACAGGGAGGAGCUGGAGGAAGCAGAGAAGAACGGUGUCCUAACACAGCUUCAUGUGGCCUUCUCCAGAGACCAGGAGGAAAAGGUGUACGUGCAGCAUCUCCUGAAGAAAAACAAAGAGGCCCUCUGGAAGCUGAUUCACUUGGAAAACGCUCACAUCUACGUCUGCGGGGACGCGAAGAGCAUGGCUAAGGAUGUGCAGACGACCUUCCAUGAGAUCGCAGAAGAACUGGGCGCCAUGACGCGCACCCAGGCCACAGAUUAUAUAAAAAAACUGAUGACCAAGGGACGCUACUCACAAGAUGUAUGGAGUUAAAGAGCAUCAAACCUCAGCUUCGGUCUCACUAUUCAAAUGGUGGUUUUCAAAAUAUGUUUUCGUUCUUUUUAUUGUAUAUCUUUUUAUAUACACACAUAGUAAAGAAACUCAACCUGGUUCAUGAAAAGCUACAUGUCGAAGAAGAUCAUGAGGCAAACCCUACCUCAGUAGGCUGCAAUUAACCUAUUCAGCAAUUUCAAUCUGUGUUUCCUAUGUAUGCAUCUUAUCCAGCAGCCUCAGAGAUGCAUAUGAAUGAAUGAAUUUGUGUUAUCUGGUGUUCGAGUGCAAAUCUGAUCAUUUGGAUUAGAUACAGGAACGUGCUGGUUUGAGUAAAGUCAUGACACUUUCACACCAUGUUUCAAUUAGACACAUUUUCAUGGCUGUGCGUCUAUUCAAACAGACGCUGACUGGGUUGUAAAUGCAUCCGUUUAUAGGGACAGAGACGCACCAAGUCCAAACUCUGAAGGGACAAGAAUUAACUCCACUGUGAAAAUAACAAUCUCAAUUGAACUUUUAGCCGUCGUGAAGUGUUUCUAACUGAUCAGCAGAUCGUAGACAUAUUAUCGCAGCAUGUCUUAUGAGUGUAAAGACACUCACGUUUCAGACAUGAAAGAAUGUGGAUAUUAGUUUUGGUCAGGGAUUAUCUAGUUUUAAGAGUCUGGUUUUAAAAACUGUUAAAUUCUGUGAGGAAAAUGUUUUGGUGUGGAAAACUUGCAUCUUAGCCUUUUAUGCAUAAGCUGCUGUUAGUUUUCAUCAAUAAUUGAAACCUUUCGAGAGGCACAGAAACUGGAGGCUCAUAUAUAUAUAUAUAUAUAUAUAUAUAUAAAACCGUAGAUUAUUGACAUUUUGUUUCCCUAAAGAGACUGCCUUUUAAGCACAAUGAAAAUGAGUUGUAUGUAAUGUACCCUGCAAUGUUUGUCAAAUGUUUGAGGUCCAGUCUCCUAAAUGGCAACGGUUAAUUUUAUAUGCAUCUGAAGGGUUCAGAAUCGACCUUCUCUGGCAUUAUUUGUAUUUUAGUGUUAUUGAGACCUAUCGCAUAUGCAUCCCUACCUGGAGAAAUCAGACAUAUCAAACUGUUCUGUCUUGCAGUUUAGCCAAUCUGUUAAAGUACAGCCUGUGCCUUUUCUUUUCAACACUGCCUUAUGUGCUACCUUAGCAUCGGAAACCAUGAUGCGUCGAUUUUCAAAUCUUUUAUUCCUCAAUAAAACAUUGAUAUCAUGUCCAAUUCA